ACAAUUCUUACAGUUUUAGAAAGUCCAUUUUGUCCAGGACUGGAUAAAGAGGCCUUAAGAAGGCAGUCUGAAAACAAGGCUUUAAGCUACAAUCACAAUUUCUGGCCCUUUGUCUUUUUAUUUAUAUAUUUUUUAAUGCAGCUUUAGGCCUUAAGCUAGAGAAUGUGACUGCGGAGGUGGUGGUUAUUAGCAUUGCUUCACUCUUGUUUCUAAAUUUGAAAGUGGGGAUGUCAGCUACUCAGAUGUGCAAAAUCCCAGAGCUCUGAGUGUGCUCAGAUUCCCUCAAAAUAACGGGCCUUGGAGUUGGUUUCCUUGAGACUUGUGAGAGGUUUGAAGUAGGCAGAUUGUGUGUAUGCACACACAACCCGAAACAAAACCAAAACAAAAACCACCAAAAACACCCCGAGAAAUGAGACACAAACUGCAAGCGUGAGUUAAUAUUUCUGAUCAAGGACCAAAAUGCUGGCAGCAAGUUACACAAAGAUUUUGGUUUAAAGUUGGCAAGGUCACGAAGCUGAUACAUGGAGCGGGUGGAUUGAAGAGGCUGUGGGAAGUAACAGCGAAAUAGGGUUUUCAGACCCUACUAGGUCUGAAGUAGGUUUUUCAGAGCCUCUUAAGUUGGACGUUUACAUGUGAUGGUUACAGAAUCACAGAAUUUCUAGGUUGGAAGAGACCUCAAGAUCAUCAAGUCCAACCUCUAACCUAACACUAACAGUCCCCACUAAACCAUAUCCCUAAGCUCUCCCUAAGCUAGAAGCAAAGUGAAAAUCUGUGGCUCUGUCAUCAUCCGGAGGAGUCGGCUUUCAGUGGAAGUGCGUUAGGGUGUUGGUGUGUUCUUGUUAACCAGCUAUGGCUUGAUGAAUUACUUGAACAUUUCAAAGCAAUUCUCUUAAAAGUGAAGCAUGCCACUCACAGCAAACACACAAAUUACAAAAUAUACAAAUUACAAAAAAUACAAAUAAAAAUUACGUAGUAUUUCCUGUUUGUCAAGGGUACCUUUUAACUGCUUAUAUCUAAUCUCAAGUUUUAAACUACCAUCUCAAAUCUCUCUCCACAACCACAGAUGCAGCAAUAGUGAUAAAGAAGAAAUUGAAAAGCGUGACAAGCUUCUUGCUAAGGCUGUGUUCAUCUUACAGGGUUACAGUAAUUUCAAGCAUCCUCCUGUGUAGGAAAAAUUUUAGUCAGCUUUAAACAUUGAAGGACAAUUCUCCAAGCAUUGAAGUUGGGUUGGUGUCUCAUUGUAUGGCCAUUGUGUGUAAGGCUCCAGCUCAGAGCAUCAGGCGUUUUCACAUGGUGCUUUCUGAAUUGCUUGAGUGUAUUUCCUGUUCUUUUACAGCUUUGGGUUGUGUUUGGGGGAGGAGGAAACGUGUAACUUCAGAAGCUUGUAAAGAAGCAGAAGUGAGAAGGUAAAUAAUAAUAAUACCAAGCUGGGCUGCUCCUGGCCCGCGGGGAUCUGCUAAGUUGUAGGAACUUCUGAUUCAUUGUCCCAUUAAAAGUACUUCGCUGAAUUCAAUGUUGAGGAAAUCAAAUUUCCCAAACUGUCAUCCUGUUAAGUGCAUGUAUGUGUUUUUCCAAAGAUUUUACAGAGUCAGCGGCAGCUUCGGGAUCAGCCUCUGCUCAGAAACCAAUCUUUUUUAUUAUUGAUUUGUUUUUCUUAAGUCUAACGUCAAUCCAUAAUGAAAGUGUUUUCUAAAACCCAAACUGUUUGUUGAAAUGAUGUAAGUGGAAGUGGGCUUCUAUUGACUAUUGCUAUAUUUUACGUGUUUUGCCAGAAGAGUACCAACUGUAUAUUCGAAUAAGCUGACUUGGAAGUUUUCAACUUGAUAAGCUGUCGCGGUGGGGUUUUGAGAUGAAGAUUCAAAGCAGAAGCAAGAACUUGCAGCAUCCUGCUCGGGGGAGGUGGCAGGUCUGAUCAUCUCCUGUUGGUGCUGUGCACGAAUUCUGUGCUGAGACUGUGUGAGCCUGUGGCUGUGCAGAGAGAGCAGCUCAGCCCUUUCCUGCAGCCUCUCUCAGUACGAAGUUAAAAUUAAGGGAAAACCUUAGCUGAUAAUGAAUUAAACGUUUUUUUUUUUUUUUUUUCCUUUUUGAUAUUUGAAGCGGUAUUUAAAAUUUAAAGCUGGUAUUUAAAAUCAGAGUAGCCUUUUAUCUAUAUUCUGAGUUUUAGAGCACAUUUAUAACUUUUUGAGCCAAUGUGUAUUUUGCCAUUGUCACCCGGGAAGAGAUUAUUUAGGGCUAUAAAAUACUGCUGUUCUUUGAACUUCACAUUUCACAUUUAUAAUUCAUUGUAAUAUUUUUGAGUAAUUAUUUUUAUAUCCUAUUUGGCCACCCUUUCUGAACUGAGAACUUCUAUCUUGUAUUUUAGCCAGAAAAAUAUCAGUACUGCAGAAUUUUAAAAACACCUGAAAACUACAAAAAAAAAAAGUCAGAAAAGGACUGUACUGUGUAAACUUACAUUAAUAUUUAAUAAGCUACACAUCUGAAUGCUCAUCUGCAUGUAGAAUCCAGUAGUAAUUAAGUUAUUCCAGGUAAAGUCUAGAAAAUCUUUCAUGUGGUCAACUCUAGUACUUGGAAUAGGAGCAGCAGACCAAGUCAUGAAUCUUUAAACCCUUGCUAAUAUUUUUGUACCCUUGCACGUAAUUUAGCUGCUUUAGAACUGAUUAAAACUAGCAAUAAAAGGCCUGGCAUUUUUCCCAUAAUCUUUCAAUCGCUGGUAAUAGAUAAAGCAACCCGGGUACGAAAUCGGUAGUUGCAAGAAUUUCAGUUUGAGUGCAACAAAACUUGUGCUGCUCCAUGGCUCAGUGCAGGGCACUCGGCUCUGACAGAGGUUGUCGGGUGGGUGCUUUGGGAAAGUUUGUGGCCAGGGGAGAGUUAACGGGCUGUGGAGGAAACGUGUCACUGCAGGGCAAGAAGCUGGCUCCGCUGUAGAGCGUGCACUAGUGGGAGGGUGGGAGAGGGAAGCAGCGAGCAGCCCUGCUCCUGGUGCUCCAUCCCUGCUCUGCUCCAGAGAGCACCAUGAGAAAUGAGAUAGACCUGCUGGCCGCUGUCACGGUGCUGGGAGUCCUGGAGCAAGCCUAUUUUACGCUGCAAGUGAUCUAUGCUCGGCGGAAGUUCAAGAUCUCUCCUCCAGAGACAGCAGGUCACCCUGAAUUCGAGCGGAUCUUCAGGGCUCAGGUGAAUUGCUCCGAGUACUUCCCGAUCUUCAUCUCGCUCCUCUGGGUUGCUGGGAUCUUCUUCCAUCAAGGGACGGCGGCAGCCUGUGGGGUGCUGUACCUCUACACCCGCUUCCGCUACUUCCAUGGCUACGCGCUGGCCGCGCAGGGACGGUUGGGGCCGCUGUACGCCAGUGCCCGGCUGCUGUGGCUCCUGGUGGGCCUGGCGGUGGCCGGGCUCCUGGCACACUUCUUGCUGCUCCCGUCCUCCCCGUGGGCGCUGGCGUGGCCCCUCCGACUCCUCAACGCCUGGUGAGCGAGGCCUCAGCUCCCCUGGGCACCCCAACCUGCUCUGUACCUUGAAAUGCCUUUAAUUAAUGAAUUGGCUUGCACGCUGUCAUUGCUCCUCACCACUACUGUGGGCAUCCCUGUCAGAGCGUGUCACACCACGGAGAUAGAAAGAAUAAAUAAAUGCCUUUUCUCCACAGAAA